CGGUAAUGGUAUGUCAGGAGCUCUAGUCCAGGACGAGGAUGAGGAUGGCUUGGCCUCCACGUGCCGUUCGAGUAUGACCCCUUCUUCUCCCUCUCGUUGCCUUCCUUUUGAUUUUUUCCUCCGCCCGGAUUGGUUUGGCCCAUUCAACAGGCGGCGAAAUUCAACGUGCUGAGGUCAGGGGGACAGGAGAAAGAUGGGUGGAGAGCGAGAGGAGAAGGAUACGCAUGAGGGGAGCAAAGCAAUCCUAGUCUGUUCAACACCAAUCCCAGGCCCAAUCCGCCGCUGUCAGGUCAGUGUGUGUGCAUUGCAUUUAGUGCUGCUGGGAGCGGCCAAUGCUGGGAUGGUUGGGAGGAUUGGGAUUCCGUCUCUUCCUCCCCCUUCCUGGAGAAGCAGCGGAAGCUGGAGGAGCAGGUGGAGGAGGAAAGAAAUGGUCACCCAACUCAGAAAUGGUCAAUGCAGCUCACCGUCCCUAAACAAGGGUGCUGCUACCUUCCUCGCUUGUUCGCACCAGCAUCAGUGUCCCUUUCAUGGGAGAGAUCCCCCCCCUUCCAUCGCAUUCACAUAACCUCCGUUGCCUUUUUGCCACUACAAUAUCUUAAUCGCCAGCGUAAACUCGCCGUAGUUUCCUGCUCUGCUACUCGAGAACUUGCAUCUUUCUUUAUCGCGCCGUCCCCUCCACUCGGCGGCUCUGAUCGGUUCAAUCAAUCCCUCUGCUUCGUGGCUACCUGCUGCUUGCUUUCCUACCUGGAAUGGAUUCUAUCAUCAGAGAGAGCCUACAAGCGUGAACUCCUAAUAUUCUGGCAAAAUGGGGCAAACUAUGUUACAGCCUCAAGUAUUCUUUCUGUGUUCCAUUAUCCUCACAUUUUAUUUUGCCCUUUUGCAACCGGUGACUGCACAAAUCACUGCACCAUGGGAAGUUGAUGCUCUCAAGGCUAUCAGAGGCAGUUUGAUAGAUCCAUUGGAACGUCUUAACAGCUGGAACCGUGGAGAUCCUUGCACGGGAAAUUGGUCCCAUGUCAUCUGCUACAAUGCAACAAGCAAAAUCGAUGGAUACUUGCAUAUACAGGAAUUACAGCUUCUAGCGUUGAAUUUAUCAGGAACUUUGGCUCCUGAGCUUGGUCAGCUUUCUCAAAUGCGAAUUAUGGAUUUUAUGUGGAAUUCGAUAGGCGGGAGCAUACCUAAGGAGGUUGGCAACAUCACUUCUCUGGAAUUAAUGCUCCUAAAUGGAAACCAACUGAAUGGUUCUUUACCGGAGGAGAUUGGCUUCCUUCCUAAUCUGAAUAGGAUUCAGAUUGAUCAGAACCAGAUAUCUGGACCCAUACCUAAAUCAUUUGCUAACCUGAACAAAACCAAACACUUUCACAUGAACAACAAUUCAUUGAGCGGUCAAAUUCCACCUGAGCUGUCCAGAUUACCUUCACUUGUUCACCUAUUGUUGGAUAACAAUAACUUGUCAGGCUAUAUUCCUCCAGAGCUAUCAAAGUUACCGAAAGUGCUGAUCAUUCAACUAGACAAUAAUAAUUUCUCUGGAAGUUCAGUUCCUCCAUCUUAUGGCAACAUCAUGACACUUCUGAAAUUGAGUUUGAGGAACUGCAGCUUGGAAGGACCUGUUCCUGAUGUCAGUGGAAUACCCCAACUUGGCUACUUGGAUCUUAGCUGGAAUCAGUUGAGGGGACCCAUACCUUCCAGCCGAUUUGCGAGCAACAUAACUACAAUUGAUCUUUCCCAUAAUCACCUUAAUGGUUCCAUUCCUGGAAGUUUUUCUGGCCUUCCUAAUCUCCAAAGACUGUCACUGGACAACAACAACUUGGAUGGCUCUGUUCCUUCUAAUAUCUGGCAAAAUAUUGAUCUCAGUGGAAAUAGAAGUCUUAUACUGGAUUUCCAGAACAAUGCUCUCACCAAUCUAUCAACUCCUCUUUCACCCCCUGACAAUGUUACCAUCCUGUUACAUGGAAACCCUGUAUGCACAGUUCAAAACCAACAGAAUAUUUCUCAGUAUUGUCAAUCAACGCCAGUUGUUGCACAUGGAGGUUCCUCAAGUAACAGUACACUUUGUGGACCAUGUUCUACCGACUUACCUUAUGAAAGAGUGCCAAUGUCACCAAUACCGUGCUCAUGUGCCGUUCCACUUUAUGUGGAUUACCGGCUUAAGAGUCCUGGGCUUUCGAAUUUUGUUCCCUAUGAGGUCCUAUUUCAGCAGUACUUAUCAUCUGGGCUUUCAUUGUUGUCGUACCAAUUAGAAGUCUCUACUUUUAUGUGGGAAGAAGGCCCAAGGCUGAAGAUGUACCUGAAACUAUUUCCAAAUAACACUAUCCUUUUCAAUGCAAGUGAGGUAUCCAGGCUCAGAGGUAUGUUCACAGGUUGGCAGAUUCCUGACUCUGACAUAUUUGGGCCCUAUGAGCUUAUCAACUUCAACCCAGGGUGGUACAACAACAUAUUACCUCAUGGUACAAAGUCCAGUCUGAGUACGGGUGCCAUUGUUGGGAUAGUCAUGGCCGCAUUUGCUGCAGCUGCCAUUCUUUCAUCCCUAAUUACAAUCGUCAUAUUGAGAAGACGUUCAAAACAUUCCUCUUCAAAGAAACGUUCUGCAAAAAGAAUCUCAAUGAAAAUUGCUGGUGUGAAGGACUUUACUUUUGAAGAAUUGUCACAUUGUACAAAUGACUUCGAUGAUUCAACACUGAUUGGCCAAGGAGGGUAUGGCAAAGUAUACAGAGGUUUGUUGGCUGAUGGAACAGUUGUAGCCAUAAAACGUGCACAGCAAGGAUCUCUUCAGGGUUCAAAGGAAUUCUUCACAGAGAUAGAAUUGCUGUCCAGGCUGCAUCACCGUAACCUGGUUUCUUUGUUUGGUUAUUGUGACGAAGAAGACGAGCAGAUGCUGGUAUAUGAGUUUAUGCCCAAUGGUAAUCUACGUGAUCAUCUUUCAGCUAAAGCUAAAGUGCCUCUAGAUUUCCCCAUGAGGCUACAGAUUGCGCUGGGAUCAUCACGUGGUAUCCUGUAUUUGCACACGGAAGCAGACCCUCCAAUAUACCAUCGUGACAUCAAAGCUAGCAAUAUUCUACUGGACUCGAGGUUUGUCGCAAAGGUUGCUGAUUUUGGUCUCUCGCGGCUCGCUCCAUUGCCAGAAACAGAGGGGAGUGCCCCUGGCCAUGUCUCCACUGUUGUAAAGGGUACCCCGGGCUAUCUUGACCCUGAGUACUUCCUCACUCAUAAGCUUACGGACAAAAGCGACGUGUACAGCCUGGGUGUCGUGUUCUUGGAACUACUGACCGGGAUGCAGCCAAUUUCUCAUGGAAGAAAUAUAGUCAGAGAAGUGUUGGCAGCCAAUCAGUCGGGAAUGAUAUUCUCGGUGGUUGAUAACCGGAUGGGCUCAUACCCCGCAGAAUGCAUGGAGAGGUUUGCCGCGCUGGCGCUGCGGUGUUGCCAGGACGAGACGGACGCGAGGCCAUCCAUGGUGGAGGUGGUUCGGGAGCUUGAGGGGAUAAGGCAGAUGACGCCGGGGACAGAGAACAUAGCAUCGUCAGAGUCCGGUGCCUUGGCGAUGGGCUCUAGCAGCAGCAACACCACUGGCACACCCACAGCAUCGUCGGCAUCGCGGAUGGCUUCUUCGGAUGAUCACUACAUUGCCUCCAUGGAGGUUUCUGGUAGCAACCUGCUCAGCGGCGUUGUGCCCAGCAUCAAUCCGCGCUGACCAGGCAUUGUAUGCAUGUACGAGUUGUGUUAUUAUUGUAGAUAGUAAAUAUGGCAUGUGGAUCUCUUGUUGGACGCUACUAGUAUCAUAGUGAUGUGCAGUGUGGUUACUGCUUACUGAUGCCUGUGACUGCCACCAGAUGCAUUUGGUUGAAUUGGAAAAUUCGUUCGGGUCUAUAGUGAUUCUUUGUGCUCGUAGCAUGUAAUAAAAGUUCGCCUAAUAAGAUUCCU